CUUGUUUAUUUGUGUUGCAAAUUAAGUUUAUAUUUCGAUAUAAACUUAUUUCUUACGUUAGUAAUAACGUUGAGUUGAACAUCCCGUUCCUCCGUUUUAGUGUUUACAGUGAGAAAGAGACUCAAAAACAAGUGCUGUGCAUUGUGCUAAAGAGACAGAGACUCAAUUUUAUCUUUCAUCAUGAAAGAAAACGAAAGGAAAUGUUACAAGUGUGGAUGUUCUCCUGCUCAUGAUCGUAACAUCACCUUGCAUCGUUUUCCUAAGCCUGGGAGAACAAAUAGCGUACGAUGUGAAUUAUGGGCGAAGUACUGUUUUCCUCAUGAAUCUUGGUGGUCACCAGAAUUUCAAAACAAUCUUCAUUCUAGGCAUUUAAUGUUGUGCACUAAACAUUUUAAGAAAUCAUCAUUCAUUGAUAAUUUUGGAAAGAGGCUAGUCAAAUCUGCAGUACCUGAUGAGGAAUGUGAUAAGAUCACAUUAGCUGACCUUAAUUUGGAACAAAGGAAUGUCAUUCAACAUAUUGCAGGUCCAUCAACUAAUAAACAACCACUGUCUGAAAAUAUUCAGAAGACUAUAACUGUUUCAAAUGUAUUUGAGCCUGUUGCAGGUCCCUCAAAAUUUAUACAACCCUUGUGUGAGAAUGUAAAUUAUAAAACCAUUCCUGACAUAACUAAUGAUAUUCCUCAAGUAACUGAGAAUAUCAACCCUGUUGCUGCUGCAAAUCCAUCCACGAAAAACAAAAAGGAUAAAGAUAUGUUGAUAAAAAUGAAAUAUCAUCUGAGAAAAAUUAACAGGCUUCAAAAAACUGUAAAGCAUCUAAAGAAUGAAGCAUUUCUCAAAGUAUUGAGCAAAAAUGAUUCCGUAAAUAAAAUAUUAAAAUGUAAAAUAUCCCCCUCUUUUGCAUUAUUUUUGCAAGAAGAAUGGCAAAACUAUAAAAAAAAAUCAUAAGGUCGAAGAUGGAACAUGGACUCCAAAAUAAUAGCACUAAGACUGUAUAAAAGGUCACCUAGGUGUUACAAAUUAUUAAGAAGGAUGAUUUGCCUGCCAACACCUAGUUCAUUAAAAGCGUUAUUAAGCAAGUUUCACAUGAAAGUUGGUAUUAAUGACCAAAUUUUUAAUGUUUUGAAAAAAACAAUAAAGCAACAGACUCCCUCAGACAAUGAGUAUAUCCUUAUGUUUGAUGAGAUGUCAAUAAAAAAGUAUUUGUUUAACAGUGGUAGAGCCACGCGCAGCUUUCGCUGUCGCACGGAUGGGCCGGCUCGAUCCGGGGUGGUACCACGACCUCACAGAAUACCAGCGUGAAGUAGAGGUUUACCUCUGCGUUUCGCUUGGUGAGUGCAGGUGGCCGGAGGCCCUUUUUACUGGAAAUGAGGCAUUCCAUCUUAGUCCUCACGGGUGACAACGCAUCUGCAUUUUGAUUCGCAAGCGAGGAUAGAUGUAGAUGUCUAUGGGCCGCAGCAACCACUUACCAUCAGGUGGACUGUGUGCUCGUUUGUCACCCUUAUCUUAUAAAAAAAAAACAACAAAAAGGAGGACAUAAUUGAGGGUUAUCAAGACCAUGCACUGCAGGGCAGGUCACCACAAAUGGCAACACAUGCUCUCGUGUUCAUGAUUGGCGGAAUCCGUAAAAAGCUGAAACAACCAAUUGCUUAUUAUUAUUCUAAGGAGGUCCCUCAAAAUUUAUACAACCCUUGUGUGAGAAUGUAAAUUAUAAAACCAUUCCUGACAUAACUAGUGAUAUUCCUCAAGUAACUGAGAAUAUCAACCCUGUUGCUGCUGCAAAUCCAUCCACGAAAAACAAAAAGGAUAAAGAUAUGUUGAUAAAAAUGAAAUAUCAUCUGAGAAAAAUUAACAGGCUUCAAAAAACUGUAAAGCAUCUAAAGAAUGAAGCAUUUCUCAAAGUAUUGAGCAAAAAUGAUUCCGUAAAUAAAAUAUUAAAAUGUAAAAUAUCCCCCUCUUUUGCAUUAUUUUUGCAAGAAGAAUGGCAAAACUAUAAAAAAAAAUCAUAAGGUCGAAGAUGGAACAUGGACUCCAAAAUAAUAGCACUAAGACUGUAUAAAAGGUCACCUAGGUGUUACAAAUUAUUAAGAAGGAUGAUUUGCCUGCCAACACCUAGUUCAUUAAAAGCGUUAUUAAGCAAGUUUCACAUGAAAGUUGGUAUUAAUGACCAAAUUUUUAAUGUUUUGAAAAAAACAAUAAAGCAACAGACUCCCUCAGACAAUGAGUAUAUCCUUAUGUUUGAUGAGAUGUCAAUAAAAAAGUAUUUGUUUAACAGUGGUAGAGCCACGCGCAGCUUUCGCUGUCGCACGGAUGGGCCGGCUCGAUCCGGGGUGGUACCACGACCUCACAGAAUACCAGCGUGAAGUAGAGGUUUACCUCUGCGUUUCGCUUGGUGAGUGCAGGUGGCCGGAGGCCCUUUUUACUGGAAAUGAGGCAUUCCAUCUUAGUCCUCACGGGUGACAACGCAUCUGCAUUUUGAUUCGCAAGCGAGGAUAGAUGUAGAUGUCUAUGGGCCGCAGCAACCACUUACCAUCAGGUGGACUGUGUGCUCGUUUGUCACCCUUAUCUUAUAAAAAAAAAACAACAAAAAGGAGGACAUAAUUGAGGGUUAUCAAGACCAUGCACUGCAGGGCAGGUCACCACAAAUGGCAACACAUGCUCUCGUGUUCAUGAUUGGCGGAAUCCGUAAAAAGCUGAAACAACCAAUUGCUUAUUAUUAUUCUAAGGAGGUGAGCAUUAUGGUCUUUUAUUUGUUCAAGACUUGUUUAAGACUAUAACUUUUACUUGUUUAAGACUAUAACUGUUUCAAAUGUAUUUGAGCCUGUUGCAGGUCCCUCAAAAUUUAUACAACCCUUGUGUGAGAAUGUAAAUUAUAAAACCAUUCCUGACAUAACUAGUGAUAUUCCUCAAGUAACUGAGAAUAUCAACCCUGUUGCUGCUGCAAAUCCAUCCACGAAAAACAAAAAGGAUAAAGAUAUGUUGAU